AUCAUCCUCAUGGAGGUCCAACCUCUUAAUCAGUUCCUCCACAUCUUCUGCUCCACGUUUCCCUCCACUGCUGCUUCCACUCGCCAUCUCCUGAUGUUUCCUGGCACUUCCUCCCCCGAUUGCAACCAAAGAACCUCGACAGCCAAGGCCGGCAAGAAACCCAGGCUUCCCUUGAAUCAGCCCGAACUGUCCGAGGUAGAUGGGAUGAUGAAAAGAGAGAUCUCGCUAGGGUAGAUCGAAACUCUCGGCGGCGGCGCCAGAGGAGCCCUAAACCCUAGUUGAGACACCGGGGGAAAAAAACUCUCUUGUGGCAAAAUCGCUGGAGCGGCAGCAUCAGCACGGGGCUAAGCUUUUGCUAGUAGCACCAUGGCACGGCAACCGGCCAAGAAUAACCAGACGUGGAAGCGUGCGCGGAGCGGCGGUUUCGGGGGGCGCCUCCUUCCCGCGCGCGUGGCCCUCCCUCCCCUCCACCAUUUCUGGGUCGCCCCCGCCUCUGCCUCGGCCCGAGACACCACGCGCUCGGCCGGGACAUCCAUGCCCAUGGGGCCGCGCCUCCUGCAGCACUACCGCUCCCGCUCCGCCUCCUACGCGCGCUCCCCGGACGCCGACGCCCUCCACGGCAGCCCCGGCACCGCCGCCGACGCCCUCGACUGCCCCUUCGGCCGCCUCGAUGGCCUCUCCCGCGCCGACGUCCGCGAGGCCGCCUACGAGGUCUUCUUCAUGUCCUGCCGCGCCGGCGGCGGCGGCAACGCCAAGGGCGCCGCGUGCGACGGCGCCGAAGGCGGGGACGCCUCGCCCAGGAUCGGCGCCGGGCCCAGGGGCGGCACCGGGAUGAACGUCGUCAACAGCCGGGUCAAGCGCGCGCUCGGGCUCAAGGCGCGCAGGGCGACGCAGCCCUCCACCGCCCUGCGCAGCGGCAGCUUGAACGCCUCCUCCGCGCCCGGUUCCCCCGGCCGCGCCGUGCGAGCGCCGGCCGGGUCGCCCAGGGCCAGGCGGCCCAUGACCUCGGCCGAGAUCAUGCGGCAGCAGAUGCGCGUCACGGAGCCCGGCGACGCGCGCCUCCGCAAGACGCUCAUGCGCACCCUCGUCGGACAGGUGGGGAGAAGAGCGGAGACGAUCAUCCUGCCGCUGGAGCUGCUGCGGCAGCUCAAGCUGCCGGACUUCGCCGACGGCGCCGAGCACCACCAGUGGCAGCGCCGCCAGCUCAAGCUCCUCGAGGCGGGCCUCAUCACGCACACCUCCGUCCCGCUCGACCACCGCCACAGCGCCUCCGUGCUCCGGUUCCGCGAGGUCGUGGAGGCGGCCGAGGCACGCGCCAUCGACACCGGCAAGGCCUCCGACGCCAUGCGCGCCCUCUGCGACGCCGUGCUCGCGCUCGCCUGGCGCUCCGCCCCCGCCGGCGAGGCCUGCCACUGGGCCGACGGGUACCCUCUCAAUGUGAUCCUAUACGUCUCCCUCCUCCAGGGCAUCUUCGACCUCAGGGACGAGACCGUCGUGCUCGACGAGGUGGACGAGCUCCUGGAGCUCAUGAGGAGGACGUGGGCGACGCUCGGCAUCAACCGGAUGCUGCACAACGUGUGCUUCGCCUGGGUCCUCUUCCAGCAGUACGUGGCCACCGGGCAGGUCGAGCCGGACCUUGCCGGCGCGGCGCUCGCGGUGCUCGCGGAGGUGGCCGCUGACGCCGGCGCCAGGCAGGACAGCCCCCGUGACCCCGUGUACGCGCGGGUGCUCUCCACCGCUCUUGGCGCGAUACGUGACUGGUCCGAGAAGCGCCUGCUUGACUACCACGAGUGGUACGGGAAUGGCGGCACCGGCACCGGCAGCACCGCGGCGUUGGAGUGCGCUCUGUCUUUGGCGCUCGGCACCGGCAAGAUCAUCGCCGAAAGUGUGCACGCGGGUCACGAAUGCGGCGGCGAUCGCGUCGACUACUACAUCCGUUGCUCGAUGAGAAGCGCCUUCGCCAAGGUCCUCGAGAGCGGGCUCGGGCAGGAGGUCUCCGGCCACCAGCGCGACGUCGACGACACCAGCGGGAUCCUGACGCAGCUGGCCAGGGACACGGAGGAGCUGGCGCAGUGGGAGCGCGAGGGCUUCAGCCCGGAGCUGAGGCGGUGGCACCCGUUCCCGGCGGCGGUGGCCGCGGUGACCCUGCACGGCUGCUACGGCGUGGUGCUGAAGCAGUACCUGGGCAAGACCGUCUGCCUGACCGACGAGCUGGUGCGCGUGCUGCACGCGGCGGGCAGGCUCGAGAAGGCCCUGGUGCAGAUGGUGGCGGACGACGACGGCGAGCCGGUGGUGCGGGAGGUGGUGCCCUACGACGUCGAGUCCGUAGUGGUCGGCUUCCUCCGGACGUGGGUCGAGGAGCGGCUCAGGGUCGCCAGGGAGUGCCUCCUCAGAGCCAAAGACACCGAGAGCUGGACCGCGAGGUCCAAGAAUGAGCCGUACGCGCAGUCGGCAGUGGACCUGAUGAAGCUGGCCAAGGCCACCCUGGACGAGUUCUUCGCGAUCCCGGUGAGCGCGAGGGGCGGCAUGCUACAGGACCUCGCCGACGGCCUCAGCGCCGUCUUCCAGGACUACGUCUCCUUCCUCGCCUCCUGCGGCAACAAGCAGAGCUACCUCCCGCCGCUGCCGGCGCUGACGAGGUGCAACCAGGACUCGACGAUCAAGCGGCUGUGGAAGAGGGCGGCGGUGGCGCCGUGCCGGGUGCCCCUGACGAGCGGCGGGCGCGGCAACGCCCCGUACCACGGGGGAGGCCAGAGCGUGAGCGCGGCCGGCGGGCACAACCCGCGGCCGUCAACCAGCCGCGGCACGCAGCGCCUCUACGUCCGGCUCAACACGAUCCACUACAUCCUCAGCCACAUCCAGGCGCUCGACAAGUCGCUCUCCUUCUUCUCCGCGGGCGGCGGAGCAUGCACCUCGCCGUCCACCACGAGCCGGCUCCUCGCCGCGCCAUGCUGCCACUUCGACCACGCGCGUACCGCGGCCCAGUCGGCCAUCUCCCACGUCGCCGAGGUGGCCGCGUACCGGCUCAUCUUCUACGACUCGCACCACUCGUUCUACGACGGGCUGUACGCGGGCGGCGUGGCCGACGCGCGUAUCCGGCCGGCGCUCCGCACGCUGAAGCAGAACCUGUCGCUGCUCGUGUCCAUCCUGGUGGACCGCGCGCAGCCGGUGGCGGUGCGGGAGGUGAUGAAGGCCUCGUUCCAGGCCUUCCUGAUGGUGCUGCUCGCCGGCGGCAACCAGCGGAGCUUCACGAGGGAGGACCACGGCAUGGUGGAGGAGGACCUGCGGAGCCUGAAGCGGGCCUUCUGCACGCGCGGGGAGGGCCUGGUGGCGGAGGAGGUGGUGGAGAGCGAGGCGGAGGCCGCCGAGGGCGUGGUCGCGCUCAUGGGGCAGACGGCGGAGCGGGUGGUGGAGGAGCUAAGCAUCGCGACGACGGCGGCGUGCGGCGGGUCGCCCCGGGCCGCGCUGCCGAUGCCGCUGACGACGCGGCGGUGGUGCCGGACGGACCCGGACACGAUCCUCCGCGUGCUCUGCCACCGCGACGACGAGGCCGCCAGCCAGUUCCUGAAGCGCGCGUUCCAGCUCCCCAAGAGGCGGUGACGCUACGCUUUGCGCCGCUAUUUGCAGCCAGUUGCAGACUCUAAUUCGUGUGGAUUAUGUGUGUGUGGUGUGGGAGACAAAUAAUUGAUCGCUUGAAAAGCGUUCGCAAAAGCUUCUGCACGGGAAGAGAAGUUCGCCUCAUAUCUGAAAGUUAAUCAAAAGAUUAGCCACCACAACAAGUACAACGCAAAGGGCCUGUCCUAAAUCAAUCAUCUAGCCGCGUCACACAAACGCCAAACACUACAAGGAGCAACAACUUCAGCCGGCCAUACUUUGCCAACGCACUAUCCACCCUUGAAUGCCUAAAAGGAGACGGCAAGUGGAUAGCGGGACUCGGUCGGGACCGGAAAAAGGCAUCCUCUUGGAGCACCGGCAGCUGUGUACUUAGCGCCCUCGAAGAUCAACUUGAACCAGCGGCAAGCACCGAAGAACCACCUCACAUGACCAUAAGGCCAAGUCUCCACCCUCGAUGCUCUCAACAAUGUAACGACGCCAAACGCCGCCAUCGCCGGUCCUGCAACAGACCAAGACUUUCGCCCAGAGACCCCAACCCGAUCAAGAAGGGGAGAUGCCGACACACCUUGACGAUGCCUCUAAGGAGGGAAACGACACCCACUGGCGCCGUCGUCGUCAGCUCCGACUGAAGACGAGCAGGAUUUUCAUCCAAACCGUCGCACAUCUCCCACCCCUACCACCGGAUUUGGCCGCAUAGUCGAUGGUAUUGUGAGGUUCCGCAGAUAACUGAAGUUCAGAACAUGAGAGGCAGGCAGGCAGGUACAGUUCAGAAGGUGAAAACGAACUCAAAUGUAAUCAUAUUGAUUGUUGACAAA